CUAUGCAGAUGGUCAGAUGAUGAGGUGUGGAUGGACCUCAUAGAUGGGAAGAUGAUGAGAUGGAUGAAGCAUGCAGAUUAAUAAUGGGUGAUGACGUGGACAAACCACGUGGACCAGAGGGCGAUGACAUGGAGAAACCAAGCAGAUGGGCAGAUGAGGUGGAGGAGGUGGACAAGUCACGUGGUGAUGACUCGCAUGAGGAGGAAUGCGGUGCCAGUCCCGCUGACGAUGACCAUAGGCAUAAUGCUGCCCGAGACCAGGUGGCAGGAACAGUAGAUGAGCAAUGUGAGAGGGGUGAAUGCAAUGAUACUUCUUCAGCAAUCAACCAUGCUGGGUGGGAUUCGACACCACCCUUGGAAAGCACCCCUCCUGCUGUGCAAGAGGGUCUCAAAGAAGACCCUUCUGCAGGUUGGAUGCCAGCAAAAGGUCGGCAGAGGUCUGUGAAAGUUAAGCGGCACAACAACCAACUACAUAAGCCCACCGGGUGGGAUUCGCCGCCACCUUGUGAGCCCACCGGGUGGGGUUCACCGCCACCUUGUGAGCCCACUGGAUGGGGUUCGCCGCCAUCGUGUGAGCCCACCGGGUGGGGUUCACCGCUCCGGGAGUGCGAGCCCCAGCCCACCCCGGGGGGGGGCUCGCCGGUGCGAUGUGGACCCCAGCCUUCCCGUGGGGGUUCACUGUCGCAAUGUGAGCCCACCCGAUGGGGUUUGUCACCACCAUGCAAGCCCACUGGGUGGGGUUCGUCGUCGCCAUGCGAGCCCACUGGGUGGGAUUUCCAGCCACCCUCGAAAACCACCCCUUGUCUUCAGAAUUCACUUCCAGAUGCUUCUGGUGCUUGCAGCAGAGGCACAGCGCAACAAGGAGGUUGCAGUGGCAACAUACAAUUUUAUCGGCCGGGUGGGAGGGGAGCCCGCGGCAGAGAAAGUAGUGCGUGGGGCCAUGGUCCUGAAAACCCUCCCUGGCACGGAAGCAGUCUACGGAUGACUGAAAGGCAUCCUGAUACAGGUCCAGCAUCUGUUUAUCCUGCGGUCCUUCCUGCCAACCACGUGAAGGAGCAUGCUGACAAGUUUAUGUCUUACAUCGAGUUCACUAGCCAGUGGUCAUCUAGCAUGCAAGAGUUGAACCGCGUCUACGACGAGUUUCAACAAAGUAGGAUGGCAAGUCGAGAUUCGAAGAGGACCGGGAGAAGGAUAAAUGCGGGGCAAGCACUACCUCCUCCGGAUUUUCAGGCCAUCCUCGACAUGCUUGAGGUGUUGAAGAUGUUGAAAUACAUGCGAUCUAGUGGAGCUCGUCAAGACGGCCGGUGCAUCCAAUGGUUGCCGGCCAGUGGUGCUCCUUGUUCCGUAUUCUCGGCGGGGAAACUUAACGAGAAGGAUGAUGGGAAGCACGCUAUGGGGGGGAAUAACAGACUGUAUCCCCAGACGAAAGGCAUGAUACGACCAGCAGAUCCCCUGGCGCAACGAUGGGGACCAAACCGUGCUGCUGCGUCCUCCCAUUCUGAUCCCCAAAGCUGCCAGUUUCAAGAUAAAACUUUCCGCGGCGGACCUGGGCACGGACCCGGGCAUGCUGAGGGGAGAGGAAGAUGCUUCAUUUCUAGGCAGAAAGCGAGCAGCACGCCGUCUCAAAGGCCAGGAGGUCAUCUGUCUGCCAGAGACUCGAAGGGUUUGGAGAAGGGGACAGGGGGGCCAUCUUCAAUUUCUUCUUCUUCGUCUUCGUCUUCUUCUUCUUCUUCUUCUUCUUCUUCUUUCUUUGUCGACGGUGAGAGAUACUAUGGACAGGGUUAUCAAGGGUGGAGGAUGCCUGGUUCAAACAAACAGGUGCAAAAUGCUCAAGCCGUAGGAACAGAGCGCGAGACGGCCGAGCGUGAUGGGUCUAGUGCAGUAGCAGCCAUCGCAACAUGGAACAAGGAGUUUUCCUGCACUAUCUGUGCGACCAAAUUCCGCGUUCACAGGGAGUUAGAAGUGCACCUACGAUCCCUCCGCCAUCGCCUGGCUGCUACGUUGGCUAAUCAGGCCAUCGCGGCUUGCACAGCGGAGGAAGACCCAGAACUUGUAUCGCUUAUCAUACAGCUAACCUGCCGUUCCGAUCUAACCCGAAGUAAGAAGCAUGACGGGUCCGGGUCAGGGGAGAACGGUGUGGGUGGCGACUUUUUGCAGGGUAGCCAGUCGUCCGCCGAGAUUCCUCAGCAAUUCCCAGCAGUAUGUCAUCUGUGCGAAGAGACGUGUGAAACACGGUCUGCAUGGGAAGGUCAUGUCGCGAGCUGGAGUCAUCGAGCUAGGACGGAUGUCGUCGCGAUUAGGGACCACAGAGCUGGGCUUGAGGCAAAUAAACAAGGGAUUGUCAUCUCGAAGCCGUUUCCUGCGCCGGGGCCAGAUGGGAAAUGCCCACCCGUUGUGUUGGAAGUGGGAACGUCGGCCCGUUGGGCACUAACGAUCAGCAACACAGGGAAGAAGAGUGUUACCCUUUUGUCCUGCAAGCCGGCAAUAGAAAGAGAUGAAGUUCUGCUCCUUCUGGAAGGGCCAGGCGUCUCAAAGAAGGUGGUUGGAACAUCGGGAGAGUGCUGUUUCCCAGCAAAGAGUAGUCCAGCGCUUUGGCUUGCAGACGACGCAGGUGGCGGCCAACAUGAGGAGGGUAGGAAAGGGGUGCCCAUUGCGCCAGGAUCGUCGCUCAUCUUGACGGUCGUCUGCCACGAACCGUUGAACUUAGGUCUGAUCCGCACCGCAAUUGUUUUUAGAUUCUGUAAAACAUCAUCAUGGGAAGGUAGCAGAGAAUUCACGAUCGCCAGAUAUGUGGAUAUAUCGGUGGAGGACCGAAGCAUCAGACAGCUUGCCCCUGUUCGUCCUUUUUGCCGGCCCAGUAAUGUCGGGGGCCCAGUUUGGGGGGUUCGCGGGGAGGAAGGAGUCGAGCUAGUGAGACCUGACAAGGCUCUUAAACUUCCCGGGAAGGGCAACACAGCUUUGAGGUUCAUCGAUUCUUAUUACAUACCACAAUCACUGAGAAAAGCUGCAGACGAAAGGGGACUUGAGGAAGUGUUAUAUGACGAUACAACUCUGACAGGACCGCUGACCCAUGAAAACUAUGUCGAUCAGUUUUCGCGGCUUCUUCACCUUGAAGAGUUACAGGAUGAGGUUGAUAUCAGGAAUUAUGACAUGCUUAGGACCCCGCUUGGAUUUUCGAGCAAGGAAGAGUUCUUAACACUGCGCGUUCCGGGGCUUGCAGAAAAGAGGCCCUCUGUGGUGGUGGGUGACAAGGUGUAUGUGCGGUUAGCGAGAGAUAGAACCAAUGUCGACGACGUUGGGACGUGGAGUUAUCAACAACCAAAGGAAACUGAAUAUGAGGGUAGAGUGCAAUCUGUGAAGCAAGGUGAGCUUGUCCUACGUUUCGAUGAGCGCCUUGUGCGUACACAUAUAGCUGGUCAGCCAUAUGAUGUUCGCUUCGGAAUCAACCGCACCUCCUUAAGGCGUGCACACCUGGCUCUCGAUCUCUGCAGAAAGCAGUCUCUGGUCAACCUUCUCCUGCCAUUCUCAGUGCCAGAGGUUCUGAAAGACGCCUUCAACCCUCCGGAGUUCACCCCUUUCAAUAGGUACAUCAACAAAGAACAGAUGAUGGCAGUAUCACAGAUAUUGUUUCGUACGCGGGUCCAGCAGAGGCUCCACGAUGCAGAGCGAUUGGCCAUUUAUGCCGAGACGAAUCUGGGUGGUGCUGGAAGCACCCGUCAAAGCGGCCAUUCUCGGCGGAAUCGAAACCGGGGAAAGACGAACCGCAGUGCUGAUGAAGAACUGGGAUUGCGGCAACAGCAGCAGGCAAUCAAGGACCUGGAAGAGGGAAGCAUCUUGCCUCCUUACAUUCUUUUCGGCCCUCCAGGAACCGGGAAGACGAUGACGUUUGUGGAAGUGAUCCAGCAGGUCCUUCGGGACCACGGAGAUGCCCGAGUCCUCGUGUGCACCCCAUCGAACAGUGCAGCGGAUAACGUGUUGGAGCGACUGUUCCGAGGGCCACAGACUCUGCAGACGAGGGAGGUUCUUCGUGUGAACUCUCCUGCGAGGGCGAUGGAAGGACCUGGCGCCAUCUCCCCGUCAAUGAUGAAGUACUGCGCCUGCGAGAAUGUGGAUGACCGGCUUCGCUUUUGUUUGCCGCCUGUCGAGAAGCUUCGGGCUAAGCGUGUCUUGAUUUCAACUUGCAAUUCGGCAGCAAGCAUUUGGUCGGCAGGAGUCGACCGAGGUCAUUUCACUCACAUCUUCAUUGACGAGGCCGGCCAGGCGACGGAACCCGAAUGCUUGAUCCCCAUUGCACUCUUCUUCGUUCCCGGAACGGUUAUCAUGCUGUCAGGCGAUCCUUUUCAGCUUGGCCCCGUUGUCCGCGCACGGCUUCCACCUAGGCAAAACGGCGAUGAAGGCGAGUGCGAGGGUAACGGAGGGUUGAUGAUGUCGAUGCUGGAGCGUCUUAUGACAUCGCCUGCAACCCAAGCAUCAUACGGGCGGCUGCAUGGAGCUGACGGCAAGAGCUAUCAUCCGGCGAUGAUCACAAAACUUGUCCGGAACUAUCGCUCGCACCCAGCAAUCCUGGCGUUCCCGUCGGAAAGAUUCUACAACGGUGAGCUCCGCGCUUGCGCAGAUGAAAUGAUGAGGUCGUCUCUGAGUACCUGGGAGCUAUACCCGAAUCCGAGGGACUUUCCUGUCAUCUUUCAUGGAAUUAUCGGUCGCGACGCACGUGAAGAGAACAGCCCCUCGUUUUUCAACGCCGCGGAAGCCUCGCAGGUUGUGAAAUAUAUCGAAUGCUUGCUUGCAACGAAGCGGUUUGCUCUUAAACCUCCUGACAUCGGUGUGGUCACACCUUAUCGCAAACAAAUGCAGAAGAUCUCUGCGCUGGUGACGGGAAGGUUCACGGACGGCAACGUGAAAGUUGGAAGCGUUGAAGAGUUCCAAGGGCAAGAGCGCCGAGUUAUUAUCAUAUCCACCGUCAGAUCUGAUCCCGCGUUCAUUGAAUUUGACUACAAGUAUAGCCUGGGUUUUCUCUCAAAUCCUAAGAGACUGAACGUGGCCAUAACCCGAGCAAUGCAAGUGCUAAUCAUCAUCGGCAACCCCUAUGUUCUCAAUCAGGAUGAACACUGGGGCGCUUUUCUGAGUUAUUGCAUCAAAAAUAAUGCGUGCGUUGGUUUCCCUCCCUCAUCCUUGGUUACGAGGCCGAGCAAGGACAAAACUCGUGCAGAAAAAAACGCAGCGCCUGCCUCAAAGGAGUUGGAGACUGUGCUGGCUACACUCGAAAUGGCAGACAUGGAUGAAGACAAGGUCAGAGCUGCCGAAGAGGAAGAGGAGAAAGCCUCUACGAAAGCAACUGGGUUCGUGCUGCCUGCGUCUAAGGUUGGCAUGUAUGAAGAUCCGGAAUGGCCGGAUCCCGCUUCGUGAGGACCGGCCUUGUUUACAUGGCGGCCUAGAUGGUGCGCGCCUUAUUGCCACACUUGAUUGACGAUGGGACGAAAAUGCGCAGCACUGUGGGUGGUGGCGACGGAAAGACGAAAAUGGGCAGGACGGAGACUGGUGACAACGGAAAGGUGAAAAUGCGUGGAAUUGUGUUUGCGACUCUUGAUGGCACGAAUGAAAGUGCGAAGCGCUG